UUUUUUAAAGUGUUUGGAAAUGAUCAUCAUCGACUCUUGUUAUUGUUGAUUGAUUCAUCUUUUGUGAAAGGUUAGCGAACACUCUAGAAUCUUCCCAGAACAGAACAGAUCGAUCUUAGUUAUUAUAACACAACACACUGUGUUUUCUUCCUCUUCGAAAUCUCUAUCGAUAGACUUUGCAGCUGAACAGCACAACACACCAUGGCGAGCCAAUCUUCAAAUGAAGGCGAAGGCAGCUCCAGCACCGGCACCAUUGUUUCUGAACAACAAGAUUCAACUCUUCAUCUCAAUAUCAAGACUCUUGAUUCUCGAAUCUACACUUUUCAAGUCGACAAAAAUAUGCCCGUUUCCCUCUUCAAAGACAAAAUUGCAACUGAAGUAGGUUUACCUGUUAAUCAGCAACGACUCAUUUUUAGAGGAAAAGUCUUAAAGGAUGAACACCUUCUUUCUCACUAUCAUGUUGAGAAUGGCCAUACAUUGCAUUUGGUUGAAAGACAGCCAAAUCAGACACAGACGUCUGCUACCGGGUCCGGCAGUGAGACAACUAAUGCAAAUAGUAACCGAGGAAACAAUGUUGGUUCAGGAGCUCCACGUAGCCGUGUUGGGCAAAUUUCACACAGUGUGGUUCUUGGGACUAUUAAUGUGGGGGAUCAGGGUGGUGAAGGCAUUUCUCAAGACAUUACUCGGGUUAUCGGGGCAGUUUUGAAUUCUUUUGCAAAUGGUGGCCAGGGUACAAUGAAUGCUCCUAAUUCCGCACAAACUUCUUCGGCUCCACCGGGGAACGGAACUGAAGGAAAUCAAGCUGGAAAUCAGGCACCGUCUGGACAGGCAUUCCAACCGUUUCCUCAUGUUGUUCAAAUUCCUAUGGCUGCUGGAGCCAUACCUGUUCCUUCUUUCAAUGCUCCAAUUCCCCAUUCACUCAACACACUGUCUGUGUUCAUAAAUCGCAUGGAACAUGCACUCUCUCAAAAUGGUUAUGGGCCAAAUAUAUCUUCAACUAACCUUGGAGAUCAAAGAGCAGAAUUGCCUUCCAAUACACAAGGGUUGCCAACACUUGAAGCACUAACCACUGUAUUGCAUCGUACAGAACAGUUGCUUAGUGGUCAAGCUGUUUCUGCGCUAUCUCAUAUUGCAGGACGCAUGGAGCGAGAGGGAACUUCUGCUGAUCUAGGUGUAAGAGGUCAAAUACAGUCAGAGUCAGUACAAAUAGGAAUUGCUAUGCAGCAUUUGGGUGCACUUCUACUUGAACUAGGCCGAACUAUGUUAACACUGCGAAUGGGACAGUCUUCGGCAGAAUCUGUUGUUAAUGCUGGACCAGCAGUUUAUAUUUCUCCAUCAGGGCCAAAUCCUAUAAUGGUGCAGCCAUUUCCACUUCAAACAAGCUCCCUGUUUGGCGGUCCACUUUCUUCUUCAACUCCUGCAACUUUAGGCCCUGUUGGUGUUGGAAGUGCUCCUAGGAACGUAAACAUUCACAUACAUGCUGGUGCCUCUCUUGCACCAAUUGUUUCAGCAAUUGGCUCUAGACCAAACAAUGGAGAAGGGACAAGGACUGAACACCGUAGCGAGCCCGGUUCUGGUGAUUCAGGUUCGACACGGGGUUUACCUGUUAGAAAUGUCAUAUCGGCAACUCUCCCAUCUAACCCUUCUGGCAUCGGAGCUGCUGGCAGCACACCAACUGGAUUCAGUAUCUCCACUUCACAGCUACCACCCGAUUCAGCUCCAUUGUCAUCUGUUUUAGCUGAAAUCCAGUCACACUUUAGAAAUUCUGUUGGUAAUAUGCAAGGAGACAACACAAUUUUGUCAGGCCAAAUGCAAUCAACUAGCAGGGACUUGUCUUCUGGAUCUGAACAGGUAAAUGAACAGAGAGAUACCGCGGAGAUGAGCGGACAUGGGGCUUCCGGUGUAUCCUCAGUUGGUUGCACUUCUGAAAGUGGAGUAGAGAAGACCCAAACUGAGGCAAUCAAAACCUGUAGUAAUGACGAGAGAGAUGUUUUGGUCGACAAAUUUGUUUCAAGUUCUUCCAAUCAAGAUUUACAAAAUUGUUCUAGUGGAGAAGCAACGGUAAAAUCAGAAAAAGUACAGGAUGCUCCAUCUUCAAGUGAAAAACAAGAUGUAACUGAACCUGCCAAAACUGCUCCUCUUGGACUGGGUAUGAGUGGUUUAGAGCGUAAGAGACGAACUAGACUUCAACCUCCUAAAGGUGCUGAUGACGGAUCCUCCAGUUCUUUCAUCAAUCAAAGUCAGGAAACCAGGACAGAUGGUCAAAAUAUAUUGCAAACACUCGGGGGUCAAGGUUCUGCUGUUAAUUUGAUAAAUGCUGAUAGGCCUCAGCGACCCUUGCCCACCAGCGGUAGUCAGAUUGAUGUGGCGGGUUUAAUGUCUCAGGCUCUAAAUAGUCCUGCUUUGAAUGGUUUGUUGGAAGGGUUUUCACAGCAAACGGGAGUUGACUCACCUGAUGGCUUAAGGAGCAUGUUGCAACAGUUCACACAAAGCCCGCAGAUGAUGAACACUGUCAGUCAGAUUGCCCAGCAGGUUGGCAGUCAGGAUAUGGGGAAUAUGUUAACCGGAACGGAAAGAGGGCAGAGGGGCGGUGUUGACCUCUCAAGGAUGCUUCAACAGAUGAUGCCCAUUGUAUCACAAGCCCUUGGUGGGGGAAAUCCUCCACCACUAUUCUCUGCUACAGAACCAGAAAGCCCACAGAUUAGCCCGAUUGCCCAGCAGGUUGGCAGUCAGGAUAUGAGGAAUAUGCUAACUGGAACAGAAACAGGGCAGGGUGGUGGUCUCGACUUCUCAAGGAUGUUUCAACAGAUGAUGCCCAUGAUACAAGCCCUUGGAGGGGGAAAUCCUCCACCACUAUUCUCUGCUGCAGAGCCAGAAACCCGUGCACCCUACGGGAAUGAAAAUUCUGAUAAUCGAAGUUUGCAGGUUUUUAUGCAUGUUGACCUUCAACCAGUGACUGAUAGGAUUGAUCGCCUGAGUCCACCUACGGAUAUCUUCCGUGCUGUAGCUGAAAAUGCAGUCCAGCUGUCUAGCAGUGAAAGGGCUUCUGAUGAUCUUUUGGAUGAGUUAUGUUGCAACGAGAGUCUUGCCGGCGAAUAUUUGGAGAUGUUGCGAUCUGAUGUAAGUAAGCUGCUCGAAGGACGUUCUGGGAGGGACAAGUCCUAAUUUAAGUUUAUGUGCAUAUGAAUUUGCUGCUUCAUUGUUUCGUGUCGAUCUCCUAACGCUCCAGAAAAGUGCUAGAAAGUUUUGGCGUCUUGUGCCCUAGAUGGUUUAUUGGUUUGGAUCAUUACCUCCAAUUCAUGCGCAAAAAUUUAGUAUACACGACAUGCUUAACAGUUGUAUCCAAUGUUGGAUUGAGGUGAUUAAUCGCCUCCACUGUCAUACUUUGAUGUAAUUGUGACUAGCUGACAGUGGAUGCUUUGAUUAAAUAUUCCUGUACAUCUUGUGCUUUCAUUUUUCAGUUAUGAAUGACUAAAUCAUGCGAAUGUCUUUUGUUUA